AUGGUCUACAUAUAUCAGAUGACGAGAAAACUGCAUCCUACUCAUCAGAUCAGAAUUGGCCAGAAACACCAGAGAGAUUCCAGGAUUAUCCUCAGGUGA